AUCCAGGAAGCAAAAGUGGCGUGCAAUGAUGGGAAUAUGCGAAUAUAUAUUGUAACAACCGUGUGAAACUAAAACUUGUCUAUCUUCAUCAAUCAACAACCUAGAGCCAUUUCCUCUGUAACACCUCUUGUUUUGCCUUAGUUAAAACAACGAGUAGUUGCUACAUUAUGCAGGAUGUCGGAACCACCGUUUAGACCACGAGAGAAACUUAUUGAGAAGCAAAAGUAUUUCCAGAAUAUCCAUAAGCACACAUACUUAAAAGGACCAUAUGACAAGAUUACAUCUGUUGCAAUACCACUUGCACUAGCAGCAUCUUCGUUGUAUCUGAUUGGAAGAGGGAUCUACAAUAUGUCACAUGGAAUAGGGAAGAAAGAAUGACUUGCAACUUUUUCUCUGCUUGUAUGUUUUGUGCCUUAAUAAAUUUUCUUAGUUUUGAGACUUUGUUCACCAAAUCACUGAAUUGAAGUUCAAAACUGGGUUUUAUGUGUUCUUUA